AUGCCCAGCAGCACUCGCUCCGGCGUGCUUGCCACUCGAGCGCCCGCCCCCACCGCCACAGAGACUGCCGCAGAGACUCCGGCAGAGACUCCCACCGCCGAACCUGGCCUCUCGGCCUACGAACUGGAGCGGCUCGCCAACAUACGAGCAAAUGAGGCUAUUCUCGCAUCACUCAACCUUGUGAGCUUCAAAUCAGAGAUGGGGCUCAAGUCCUCCUCAGCGCGUCCGUCGCAGCGCGGCGUCGCCAACGCGUCUCGAAAGCGCUCCUCUUCGACUCCGACCGUCCCGACCCGGCAAUCGUCCCGAACCCGCAAUGUGGCACCAGAGUUCAGUGGGGUUGCCGAGGAGCACCGCGAUGGCCGGAUCGAACUCGACUCGGGAGACAUCAUCGCCCCGGGUGUUGGCAAGCCCGACGAGCGGGACGGCGCACUGCUCCGCCUCGUCACCUCCGGCCAGGAGGGAGGCUCGAGGGAGGAGGCGCCCCGACAAAAGGGCAGGCCGGCCGGCAAGGGACGGGGCGCCGCCAAGCCGCCCGCCGCUGCCUCCUCCCUCGCACGCUGCUCGCUCGCCGAGGCGGACGUGGCCAAGGUGACCAAGUCCGCGGUGGUGCACCUGCAGUUCCAGCCGCGCGACGACACGCUCCUCCUCGCGGCGGGCGACAAGGACGGCCACGUGUCGCUGUGGCACUGCGACCGCGCCGAGGACGACCCGUCCGACGGCGUGCACCUGCACAGGCCGCACAAGCAGUACAUCUGCGGGCUGCGGUGGCAGCCGCACUCGCUAGACUGCCUCUUCUCCGCCUCGUACGACGGGACCGCAAAGUGCCUCCGGCUCGGCCGGCGCGAGUUUGUGACGCUCUGCCACGCCGACAAGGAGUUCUCCGCCUUCACGCUCGGACAGGCCUGCCCCUCCCUUCUCUACCUCGGCACAAACGACGGCGAGGUUGGCGGCUACGACACGCGAGCCGGCGCCCUCUCGCACCCCUUCGCCGCCCGGCACGGCCGCAAGGUGAACACGCUCUCGAUCGACGCCGGGCGCGACUGGCUCCUCGCGUCGGCGGGCUCCGACGCGGCGGUGCACGUCUGGGACGCGCGCAGGCUGUCUGGCGGCGGCGGCGGCGCCAAGCCGGUCGCGACGCUCAGCCUGCCCAAGGCGUCGCAGGCAGCGGAGUGGGCGCCCGACGGCAGCGGCCGGCUCGCGGUCACCUGCUUCGACGACCGGCUCCGCGUCUUCUCGCUCGCGGCGCUGGCGGACAAGGCGGCCGCCUCGAGCGCGAAGAGCGUCCCCGCCGCGAGCGCCGAGCCGGCCCUGGCCGUGCGGCACUGCACCGCGACGGGGCGGUGGGUGGUCCCCUUCCGCGCGACGUGGACGGCGAGCGGCGACGGCGUGCUCGUCGGCGGGAUGAAGAGGACCGCCGAGGUCUACGACCCCGCCAGCGGCAGCAGGCUCGCCUCGCUCAGCUCGGAGCACAUGACCGCCAUCCCGUCGCGCAACGCCUGCCACCAGGGCGGCACCGUCGUCGCCGCCGCGACCAACUCGGGCCGCGUCCACAUCUACAGGACGUGA